GAAAAAGCAAACAAUGCCAGCUUGUCUAUCUGGAUCUUUUUGGUGGAAGCAAUCACACCUACGGGUCACAGAGGUCUCAAAUGGAUGGCCAUCACUUGUGCUCUUUCUCUUUGGAUGUUUCUCCUUCAAAGCACCCCAGAGUCAGCAUGAGUUGGCAUACAAGGCUCUUCACCACUGGCUCAAGGGCGGACUGCCAUGCACCAUGCAUCCCUUCAGCGCGGUGGUUUGCCACCGCGCCCUGGUGGAACCGCAGCCCUUGAUGGCAGACCUGCUUUCAAGCGGAGAGCUGCACGAAACUGGAGAGAUAGGAGAGUGAACUUCAGGUCGAUCGGGCACUUUUCGUACGUCGGAUGGCAGACACGGUGAGACUCUUUGAGUCUAAUCUUUGGCAGUUUUGGCUGCUCUUUUGUUGAUUCCUGGGUGCCUGAGCCUUAAUCGCCGACGCUUUCCGCUUUCCGGUGAGUUGGAGUGGCCGUAUCGGAGUUAUAGGAGUCAAGCGACGUUUUUGCCCCGCUGAAGUUCAGCCGCUGAAGAUGCCAAUCCCUACGCAAGUGAAACCCUCUAAAUGCACCACAAUGUUGCCCAAUACCUUUACUACAGCCUUUAUACAUGAACAGACAUCAAAAGUUUCUAUCCGAUUCUAUCCCUAUGCUUCCGACCAGUGAUUUACUUGUUUUUGCAUGGGCCUUACAGAACAACCAUUGUUCUACUAGGGAAUCUAGAGAAAAAGAACCAACCGGAUCAGCCAAACUCCUUCAACGGCCGAACGGGUUCGGCUGAGCAUAUCUGUGGAUAGUGAGGAUGACAAAAACGUAUCUAUGGAAGUCUUGCACCCCACUGAUGAAUCCAUUCUAUGGAAGUCUGCGUUUUGAUCUUCCCUGAUGAAGGAUAUCUCGAGUGCUCUGAACCUGAACAGAUUCUGUUCCCAGAAGUGAGGAGCUCUAAGCAGAUCCUUCGACAGGUGUUGAGGAUACUAUCCGAGCAGAAGGAAGCAAAACUGGUGUAUACAGUCUUGGAGGAAAUCCGGAAAAGUACCGGCCUGAAGCUAGAAGUGUCCCAUUACGUAGUCUGCAUAUCAACUUGUGCACGAGCCAAACAGUGGCAGGACGCAUUGAAGUUGUUUGAGACCAUGCCGAAGGCAAACAUUCAGCCAGAUGUCAUCAGCUACAAUGCAGCCAUCAGUGCCUGUGAGAAGGGCGGGCAAUGGCAGCACGCAUUGUUGAUAUUGUUUGAGACCAUGCCCAUGACGAAGGUUCAACCAGACGUGAUUAGCUACAACGCGGCCAUCAGCGCUUGUGAGAAGCGUAGGCACUGGCAACAAGCAUUGAAAUUGUUUGAGGUGAUGUCGAAAGUCAAAGUUCAUCCAUCUGUCAUCAGCUACAGUGCGGCCAUCAGUUCCUGUGAGAAGGGCGGGCAAUUGGAGCAAGCAUUGAUAUUGUUCGAGGCCAUGCCAAAGGUAAAAGUUCAGCCAAACAUAGUCAGCUACAAUGCGGCCAUAAGUGCCUGUGAGAAGGGCGGACAAUGGCAGCAAGCAUUGCAGUUGUUUGAGGCCAUGACCAGGGCGAAUGUUCAGCCAGAUGUGAUCAGCUACAAUGCAGUCAUCAGUUCGUGUGAGAAGGGCGGGCAAUUGCAAAGAGCAUUGAAGUUGUUUGAGGUGAUGCCCAAGGCAAAAGUUCAGCCAGGUGUCAUCAGCUACAACGCGGCCAUGAGUGCCUGUGAGAAGGUCGGGCAAUGGCAGCAAGCAUUGAAGUGUUUUCAGUCCAUGCCCAAGGCGAAGGUCAAGCCAGAUGUGAUCAGUUGCAAUGCAGCCAUGAGUGCCUGUGAAAAGGGAGGACAAUUGCAGCAAGCAUUGAAGUUGUUUGAGUCCAUGCCCAAAGCAACACUUCAACCAUCGGUCGUUAGCUACAGCGCGGCCAUCAGUGCCUGCGAGAAGGAAGGCGACUGGCAGCUAGCAAUGAAGUUGUUUGUGUCCAUGCCAAGGACAAAAAUUCAGCCAAACAUCAUCAGCUAUAAUGCGGCCAUUAGUGUUUGCGAGAAGGGCGGGGAAUGGAAGCAAGCAUUGAAGUUGUUUGAGGCUAUGCCUAAGGCAACAGCUCAAGCAGAUGUCAUCAGUUACAGUGCAACCAUCAGUGCCUGUGAGAAGGGCGGGCAAUGGAGGCAUGCAUUGAAGCUGUUUGAGGCUAUGCCUAAGGCAAAAGUUCAGCCAAAUGUAAUUAGUUACAGUGCAGUUAUCAGUGCCUGCGAGAAGAGCGGGCAAUGGCAGCAAGCAUUGAUGUUGUUUAAGGCCAUGCCUAAGGCGAAAGUUGAGCCCAACAUCAUCAGCUACACUGCGGCCAUCAGUGCCUCCGAGAAGGGCGGGCAAUGGAAGCAAGCUUUGAAGUUUUUUGAGGCCCAAAGUUCAGCCAUCGGUCAACAGCUAUACAAUCUGGCCGGUAAUUUGCAUUGUCAUUGAAGUUGCUGGAGGUUGUGCCACAGUACGUUCAUCAGUCUUUCUUGAGACGAAGGUGCAUUUGCAGCGAGUGUUGAUCUUGAUUGAGACAUUUUGAGGCCAUGUCCGAGGUCAAGCGUCAUCCGGAUCUUUAAACUUACAAUGUUUGGGUCGGUCAUUCCAAAUUUUGGCAGCGGAACUGUACUUACCUACAUCGGGGUGUUUUUGCACUCAAUGUAAGCAUUCCAUACAUGGAUAAUUUUGGCGAAGAACCCAGGUGGGUGGAUGCUGUCGCCUUGACGGGAAUUGACCUGUUGCUUUGAUCACAGUUUGUUUGGCAGUGCUCAAGCUGACGUAGCCAAAAAUGGCAGAGAAGCAGAACCUCCUCCUGCGUGCCAUGGCCAUUGCGAGCACUGGCGCCUGUGCCUUGACGUUUCACUGGUCGUUCGCUUCCCAGCAGGUUGAGCACCAAGAAGUCCGAAACGACGUUCAAUCCCCGCGAAGCCACACAAAGCUGCCGCCUUCACAACCUGCCAACGGGCGACCGUGAACAGCGGAGUUGGUUGCGGAUGUUUGAUGAGUUUGAGAGAGUGGGGUGAGAGCUACUUGCUUUGGUCUCCAGUAUUGGAAUGUGAUGUUUGACCGGCCUACCUUACUUCAUCUUACUUCUAUAUUUGAGCUUGGUGUGCUUCAACAAUCUUGAGCUUUCCUUGCCUGCCUUCGUUUGGCAUCGAUCUUGCCUCAGUUGUAACAAGCAAAAGAAAGAACGCCUCGGAGCAGUGCGGAAGCGAUCGGGAUGCGAUUGGUCCCUUCUCGGUGAGCGAAAAGCAGCGGAUAUUGGUGAGGAAGUCCACUCAGAUCCGCUGAUGGAUGGCUUGGGAGAUCAACCGGAUGGGAGUUGUUGUUGUUUUUUUGUUUGGGUAUCAUGCUAUAUUGUUGCUAUAUUGUGUGUGUGGAUCAUGAACUUGUGAAGGGGAAGAUGUUGUUUUUCUUUUCCCGUGGAAUUCCAGGCACAUCUUGGCAAUUCCAGG